AUGAAUGCUCUAAGUUGGAACUGCAGGGGACUCGGUCAACCUCUUGCAGUUCCUACUAUUCUUGAACUCAACCGAGUUCAUCGACCAAGUGUUAUCUUCCUCUGCGAAACUCUCUCUCAUCGCACUCGUUUGGAAGAGAUUAAGAAUCGUCUUAACUUUGAUGGAUGUUUUUCUGUUGACAGCUUGGGCAGGAGCGGAGGCCUUUGCAUGAUGUGGAAGAACUCUUAUAACUGCUCUAUCCUUGGUUACUCUCGAAACCAUAUCGAUCUCUGUAUUACUAAUGCCAAUGGUAACUGGCGCCUCACCGGUUAUUACGGCUUUCCCGAAAGGAGCCGGAGACGUGAUUCGUGGACUCUUCUUCGGCGCCUUGCUGGCGUUAAUAAUCUCUCAUGGCUUAUUAUAGGAGAUUUUAACGAUCUCCUUGAUCCGGGAGAUAAAAGGGGUCGGGUGGAUCAUCCUAAUUGGUUGUUCACUGGCUUUCGUGUCGCUGUCCUUGACUGCGGCUUAUCUGACAUUCCACUUCAUGGCUAUCCUUUUACUUGGUCUGGUGGUCUUGGUUCGGAUAAUUUUGUUGAGGAACGUUUGGAUCGUGGUAUGGCUACCCAAACUUGGAGAAACCUUUUUCCAAAUGCCAUGGUAUCUUCGCUUUUGGCACCUAUAUCUGAUCACGCCCCUAUUAUUCUAAAGUGUAAUGGUAUGCCUUCUCCGCUUUCUCCUCGUCGUUUUAGAUUCGAAAACAAAUGGUGUUUAGAACCGGAGUUCCCCAAUAUUGUUAGAGAUUGUUGGACUAACCUCUCAGGAAUUCACAUCACGGAUAGGCUUAUGGCAGUCUCUGAUGCUAUUACUGUUUGGGCCUCGCACCUGCGAUCCAAUGAACGUGCUACUAAGGCUCGUAUUCAACAACGAAUUGCUGCACUACAGGGUCGUAGAGACUCCAUCUCUAUGCGUCAGUUACAGGGUGCUCGUAAGGAACUAUCUGACUUGCUCUUAAGGGAAGAAUCACACUGGAAGCAAAGAGCAAAAUAA